GUAAAUUCAACCAUCCUAAUGAAUAUAUCUCAGCUUAUUAACCAGGAUAGGAAAAAUAGAUUAGAUAAUCUCACAUCAGGAGGAGCUGCUGGUAGCUUCAAUAUGAACUUUAUCUCAAGAAUUUUAGAUGGAAAUAAUAAUCAAGAAGAAGAAAAACAGUAUGUACCAAGAAAUAUGAGAGAACCUUCAAUACUUUCAAGUAGAGGGGCCUUUACUGGUGCUCCUAAUACGAAGCCAAAGAUAUAUGGGCCAAUGUUUGAUCCAAAUCAGAAGAGUCACCCUUCGACUGAGUACUCAUAUAGCUCGAGUGGGAAAAACUCUUGUAAAACAAAAUAUGGUAGCAAGUCAAAGAAUAUCAUUGACUUAGAGAAUCCGUCAGAGAUCUGCAAAUUUGUACAAUUUAAAGACCCCUUGUUGCCAAAGCCAACUCUAAGUGAGAAGGCUUAUGACAAGAUUUUCCCUGAUGUAGAUAAAAACAAGAAACCACGAGAUAUUCUGCAAGACAAGAAGAACCUUCAAGAGAAACUCACAGACGCCAAAGGAGGUAGGUUGUAUGGAAUACAUAGAGAUGGUACAAACCUUCAUAAUAAGUAUUACCAGAACAACCUAUCAGGAGUGAAAUCAUGCUCUUCGCGUCUUCGCCAGAUUGGUCCGAGGUACAUUCCUGGAUGGAACAAGAUGCCCUUGAGUGAGAAACUGUCUCUCCAACGACAACGGAAAGAAUUCGAUUCUGAGCAUGAAGAAAUGGAAGAAAUCAAAAGAACAACUCUGAUUAAGGAAGAUAACAAAUAAACGUAGAAGAGAACAAAAAAGAAAUGAUAAAUUUCAGGAAGAGAUCAACAAAAACCAGAAGCAACUUCAAGAAGAAAUGGACCGAAGGUAUAUCAAAUAUAUCAAAGAGAAGAAACGUAAGCAGAGGCAUUUCCAAGAGGAAUCUGUAGGCAAGCUUCAUGAUACCAAAAUGUGUGCUAACGGCUGGAUGAAAACCAAUCUCAAUAGUGGCCCUAAGGAAGAUAAAGCUGUUGAUAUUAAGAGCAUGAUAGAUCUUGACUUUGAUCCUUCAGAAAUGGGAAAGCCUAAAACCAAGAUAGUAUUUAAGAAAGAACAGCCAAUGGAUAUUGGAGCUGCUCAUAUUAAACACGAAAUCGAAGACGCGAAUGAUCUCAGCAAUAGUCUUCACGAAAAUAGCAUUAAGAAAGAAGAAGUGGAUGGCUCUGAGCAAGAACUCCAUACAAAUGAGAACCUAAAAGCACUUGAAGAAGAGAAAAAUAAAAUAAGAGCAGAAGUUAAAGAAAGAGUCAAGAAGCUUAACAUCCAAGGAAAGAUUGGUGGUGAUUCAGAAAGUAUCGAAGAAAUCUUAAUAGAGACCAAAAGAGAUGCUAAAAAGAGAAGGGACGCGAAACGACUGAAGAUCAUCAAGUCUGCUCAGAAAUCUGUUAUAGUUCUCUCAGAUAGCUACCAUGGAAGUCAUGAAGAUGAUAUUCAAGAGAUACCCAAAUCUAAUGCAGAUAUUGAGGUAAUAAAGUCCAGUCUGGAGAAUCCUGAUAGUAUAAUGCAACAGAAAGAAGCUGCUUCAUAUCUUGAUUGUCAAAAGAGCUAUGACAAGGAACAAACUGAGUAUGAUAAUGAUGAAAUCCCACUCAAAAUUUUGGAUGAAAAGAAGAUGAAGAAAAAGACUGAAGAUAGGAAGCAGAAAAAAUUUGAAACUCGAAAGGAAAACUAUAUGAAAUCUAAGAGAUUCAGAAAAAGACUUUCAGCUCUGACCAUAAAGCAAAGAGUCGAUAGGAAAAAGCUAGCUCUUGAGGCUCUGGGUCAGUUUAAUAUUCAAUCUGCUCCCCAAGUCAUGGAAAUAAAGCCAAAGGAAAUGAAGAUUUAUGGGAGGGAAGAAAUUGUUGAAGAAGUUAUCCAGCAAAAGAAAGAAGCUAAUAACAAAGAUUCCAAUCAUAAGAAUGAUAACAAUAAUCAAAAAAAUCAAAAAGAUGAUUCUAGUGAUAAUGGUAGUGAAAAAUACUGCUUAGACUCAUGUGGAGAUGAAGAUAAGCCUACUCGAAAGAAGAAGCAGAGGACAAAUUCUGACAUUGAAUUGAUAAAACAAGUCACUCAGGAUAUUAUAUCAGUACUAAGUGAUUCAGAUCAAGAAUGUAAGAAAAAGCAGAAGGAAGAACCGCCAAAACCUAAACUACCUCAAAGCGGUGUAAACCCUCUAGAUCUUGAGAAUGCUUUUAAUAAUUCCAUUAGGUCUCGAGGAGACUCUUGCAUAAGCGGGAUGACUAUCUCUAAGGAUCAAGAAGACCCAGAAGAUUACCAGAUCUAUAACGAGGCUGAUGAGCAAUGAUAUGACUUUGAUAAAACCAAGUAUGACAAAAUUGUUCAGCACGAGAAUAACAAUGAAGAAUUCAUGAGGUGCGAUAUAUGAAUGGAUAAUUUCUCUGAAGCUAGCGAUACCCUAGUCAUUUGAGAGCUCUGUAAUGUAGCCGUACAUCAAAAAUGAUACGGAAAAGAUCUUAAGGAUAGCAUCCCUAAGGAUGCCUGGUAUUGCAACAGAUGAAAAUAUUUACAUGAAGAUAAUAAAAUGGACCCCGAUGAUAUAAAAUGAUACCUCUGAUCAGACCUAAAAGGCUGAAUUGUAAAAUCACAGGAGAAAUGGGCCCAUGUAACAUGCGUGCUAUGGGUUCCUGAAAUAAGUUAUAAAGACUUUGAAACCAAGACAGAAAUUAUUGGUAAUGUAUCAAACGAGCGUUGGCUGCUUAAAUGCAGUUAUUGAAAGUCAAGAGGCGCUGCUCUUCAGUGUCAACAAAAGUUUUGAUCAAGGAACUUUCAUGUUAGAUGAGCUAUCAGCUCAGGAGUUAUUGUGAGCUGGUCAAAAAUGAUAAAGGAUCAAAAAGAUGCUAAUCAAGGUCAAGAAUCGGAAAAAUUGAAGUAUCUCAUUUUCUGUAAGAGACAUUUGAGGCGGUAUAAAGAAGGCAAAAUCAAGAAGGAGCAUAUUGUAGAUGAGACAACUAUCACUCCAAUAGGAGGUAUUGAAAAGGUACUCUACACUCCAUGAGAUGACAGAGUUGAACCAGAAGAAGAAACUUCCCGUGAGAUUUCUAACGAUACUUCUAAAGAAAUAGUGGAUCCAGAUAAUUUUAUAGUAUAUGAAAAUACAGUUAUUGAUCAAGCAAAGAGAAGGAUGGCACGGAAGAGAAAGAGAAAUUCAGUUAAAAAUACAAACGACAGCCAGAAUCCCAGCAAUACAGAAACCUCACUGAAAAAGAACCAAGAGGAGCUUGUGCAAAGUGAAGCAUCAAGAAUGAAGACUAGAUCACAAAAGAAAAAUAAGCUUGUUAACCUAGCAGGCAAAAGUGUUCAAGAGUACAACCUAUUCAAUGCUCCUGAUGAUGAAGAUAAUACUAAAUCUCAUAUAACUAAAAGACGCAGGGUAGAUGAUGACCACGACAACGCCCCCUCCAGUUCUCAGACAAGUCACAAAUACAUCAGUAAAUCUCGGCAGUCUGAGUACAAAAAUAUGAAAACCCAAGAACCCGAAGAAAGAUGAACUAAAAUAACUGAUGAGAAAGAAAUCCCUCUAUCUGACAUGUCAGAUGAGAAGAAGAAGACUAAAUCUGCAAGUAAAGUAGAGAAGCAUUUUGAAGAAGAGCUAGACAUUGAUAUGGAUGAGUUAGCCAAAAUACUAAGCCAAUAACUUAAUUUCAAUAUAAACUUUUUUAAG